AUGUCUUGGCAAGCUUACACUGAUAACUUAUUGGCUACUGGUAAAAUUGACAAAGCCGUUUUGUACUCAAGAGCAGGUGAUGCUGUUUGGGCUUCAUCUGGUGGAUUAGCCUUGGCUGCUACCGAAAUUUCUGGUAUUGCUCAAGGUUUUGAUGAUCCUUCUCACUUACAAAGCAAUGGUUUGCAUAUUCAAGGUCAAAAAUUUAUGAUGUUAAGAGCUGAUGAUAGAAGUAUUUAUGGUAGACACGAUGCCGAAGGUGUUGUUUGUGUCAGAACUAAACAAACUAUCUUGGUUGCUCAUUAUCCUGCUACUGUUCAAGCUGGUGAAGCUACCAAAAUCGUAGAACAAUUAGCUGAUUACUUGAUCAGUGUCCAAUACUGA